GCGGGGCAGGGAGGCAGCAUGCUAAACCGGGUGCGCUCGGCUGUGGCGCACCUGGUGAGCUCUGGGGGCGCUCCGCCUCCGCGCCCCAAAUCCCCGGACCUGCCCAACGCCGCCUCGGCGCCGCCCGCUGCCGCUCUAGAAGCGCCCAGGAGCCCUCCUGCGAAGGCUGGGAGCGGGAGCGCGACGCCCGCGAAGGCUGUUGAGACUCGAGCGAGCUUCUCCAGACCGACCUUUCUGCAGCUGAGCCCCGGGGGGCUGCGACGCGCGGAUGACCACGCGGGCCGGGCUGUGCAAAGCCCCCCGGACACAGGCCACCGCCUGCCCUGGAGCACAGGCUACGCCGAGGUCAUCAAUGCUGGCAAGAGUCGGCACAAUGAGGACCAGGCUUGCUGUGAAGUGGUGUAUGUGGAAGGUCGGAGGAGUGUUACAGGGGCACCUAGGGAGCUUAGCCGAGGCCAGGGACUCUGCUUCUACUACUGGGGCCUAUUUGAUGGUCAUGCAGGGGGUGGAGCUGCUGAAAUGGCCUCACGGCUCCUGCAUCGCCAUAUCCGAGAGCAGCUAAAGGACCUGGUAGAGAUACUUCAGGACCCUUCGCCACCACCCCUCUGCCUCCCAACCACCCCGGGGACCCCAGAUUCCUCCGAUCCCUCUCACUUGCUUGGCCCUCAGUCCUGCUGGUCUUCACAGAAGGAAGUGACCCACGAGAGCCUGGUAGUGGGGGCCAUUGAGAAUGCCUUCCAGCUCAUGGAUGAGCAGAUGGCCCGGGAGCGGCGUGGCCACCAAGUGGAGGGGGGCUGCUGUGCACUGGUUGUGGUCUACCUGCUAGGCAAGGUGUACGUGGCCAAUGCAGGCGAUAGCAGGGCCAUCAUUGUCCGGAAUGGUGAAAUCAUUCCAAUGUCCCGAGAGUUUACCCCGGAGACUGAGCGCCAGCGUCUUCAGCUGCUUGGCUUCCUGAAACCAGAGCUGCUAGGCAGUGAAUUCACCCACCUUGAGUUCCCCCGCAGAGUUCUGCCCAAGGAGCUGGGGCAGAGGAUGUUGUACCGGGACCAGAACAUGACCGGCUGGGCCUACAAAAAGAUCGAGCUGGAGGAUCUCAGGUUUCCUCUGGUCUGUGGGGAGGGCAAAAAGGCUCGGGUGAUGGCCACCAUUGGGGUGACCCGAGGCUUGGGAGACCACAAUCUUAAGGUCUGCAGUUCCACCCUGCCCAUCAAGCCUUUUCUCUCCUGCUUCCCUGAGGUACGAGUAUAUGACCUGACGCAAUAUGAGCAUUGCCCAGAUGAUGUACUAGUCCUGGGAACAGAUGGCCUGUGGGAUGUCACUACUGACUAUGAGGUGGCUGCCACUGUGGACAGGGUGCUGUCGGCCUAUGAGCCCAAUGACCAUAGCAGGUAUACAGCUCUGGCCCAAGCUCUGGUCCUGGGGGCCCGGGGUACCCCCCGGGACCGUGGCUGGCGUCUCCCCAACAACAAGCUGGGUUCCGGGGAUGACAUCUCUGUCUUCGUCAUCCCCCUGGGAGGGCCAGGCAGUUACUCCUGAGGGGCUGAACAUCAUCCCUCCCACCACCAUCCCUCCCACCACCAUCCCUCCCACCACCAUCCCAGCCUCUCCAUACUUACUCUUCUCACAGCCCAAAUUCUGAAGUUGUCUCCCUGACCCUUCUUUAGUGGCAGCUUAACUGAAGAAGGGAUGCCCGCUAUAUCCAAAAUUAUAGCUAUUGGCAAAUAAACCAGAUGGAUAAAGGUGUGUGUCUUUAUUUGCUUUGACUAGAAACUGAAAGAUAAGAAGAAAGCUCUGUGGGGUGGUGGAAAGAGCACCAGAACAGUUCUAGAAAUGUGGUAUUCCCCAGGUUCUUUAUUCCGCCCGCCACUCUUUUCACUCCACGCAUUUGCUGUGAGUGUCACUGGCCACUUCUGUGGCUUCACCCAUCUGCCCAGACCCUUCCUGAGCUUUAGAUCCACACAUUCCAGUCAUCUCCUGGACAGCCCGCUGGCACUUCAAUUCAAAUACCUCAAACUAAAUUCACCACUGCCCUCCAUAACAUGUUCCUUCUCCUGGUAUAUCCCCUCAAUGUGCACCAGCUCUGCUGCUCCAGUUAGAAAUCCUGGAGUUGGUCACCCUUUGCUUUCAUUUCUUUCCCAUCAAGGUAAUUGAUCACUAAGUAUUGUUGACUAUAGACCUUUAAAAAUAUUUCUCUACUUGUCUCCACCUCUCUCUGCCUUCAGUCACCACCACCUUUUACUAUAUUGGCUUCCUACAUUUAGUGGCUCCUUACUGUGCCUAGAACAAAAUCAACACUCAACUCCUGUGCAUGGCAUAUAAGGACCUUCAUGAUCCAAACACUGCUUCCUUCUCCAGCCUCAUUUUUCACCACCACCACCAACUUCCUGGGGUUUGCAUAACUGUGGGCUUUUAGUAGCUCCAACUUAUCCAACAUCUACUGCCGGGCAUGGUGGUUCACACCUGUAAUCUCA